AAAGCCACAAAGGUAGGUUCUGCCAAAAUAUCAAUGCACAACCGGUCCAGUAUGCUCCUUACCCUCUUCUAUACCUUGCUCCUGACCUGCUCAACGGCAGCCGCCAUGACCCUCCCCAAGCGAAUAGACGUCCACUCGCACUUCCUCCCCCCAUUCUACCGCUCCGCCCUCGCAGGAAACGGCCACUCUCAUCCCGAUGGUAUGCCCGCAAUCCCCUCAUGGUCCAUCGACGCCCACCUCUCCAUGAUGAAAACCGCAAACGUCUCUAAAUCCAUCCUCUCCAUCUCCUCCCCGGGAACGCACAUCGUCGUCGGCAACAGUACGCUCGGUCGACACUUGACCCGUGAAUGCAACGCCUACGCCGCAAACAUGAAGAAAGAUGACCCAGAGCGCUUCGGAUUCUGGGCGUCGCUGCCGCUGCCGGAUGUCGAACUAGCGUUGCAAGAGAUAGACGUAGCGUCUUCCGAGGGCGCCGAUGGGUUCGGGCUGAUGACAAAUUAUCACGGGACGUACGUCGGGAGUCCUGCGCUUGACACAAUCUUCGACAGGUUGAAUGAAUUGGGCGCAACGGUGUUUAUCCACCCCACAAAACCUUGCAUUAAGCAAGGCGACGGAGUGAAUGCGCAGACAAUCGAUGCUACGCCUUUCGGAGAGCAGUAUCCGGUGCCGAUCUUCGAGUUCUUUUUCGACACUGCACGUGCGGUGGUCAAUCUUUUUGGUAGUGGGACGGUGGAUCGGUGUCCGAACGUCACCUUCAUCAUCCCCCAUUCUGGGGGCGCGUUACCGCCGUUAUUGACGCGCUUCAUCCAAUUCUCCAGCGUCGUGCCGGGAGGAAGGGUGUUGGAUGCGAACAAGGUGCGGGAGCAGCUGGAUAAACAGUUUUACUUCGAUCUGGCUGGUUUCGUUUUCGAUGGUGAAAGUGGGGGUCAUGGGCAGUUGAGGGCUCUUGUCGAGGGGUUCGAGAUAAGUCAUGAGAGGCUGUUGUAUGGUAGCGAUUUCCCAUUUACGCAGACGGAGUUUGUGGAGAUGUUUGCUGAGAGGAUGAAGGACGGGUUGGAGCAUUUGUUUAGCGAAGGACAGAGAGAUGCAAUAUACGAGGGGAACGCAAAGAGACUGCUUGCAGGGGAAAGGGACAAGUAAGAAGGGUCGCAUAUGUGAUAAGUAGGGAAAACAUAGAACGGCAUGGGAGGAGUAAGAAUGGUCUGAUAGUACUACACGGAAGCUUAUAUGUACUUGUAUGG